CUGCGUGGGGGUGUCCGUCCGCCUGAUGUCAUUUGGCAGGAGGGGAGGCUGAGCUAGCGGUGGGCGCACGACGGGCUCCGGAGCACAACAAUACCGUCUCCGUUCUAGCGUUUCACCGUCUCCACCGACCACACCGGGACUUUUUCUGUCACUUCGGGGUUGGUACGCGCCGCGGUUGGAUCCGCGGUUCCCCCCAAGGAGGACAGCAGGAGGGGCGGCUGGCUGGCUAACGGACCCACGGUACCAGAUGCUAUUCCAGCGGAGGACGGGCUCACCGAGGCGGCAGACGGUGAUGGCUUCUCGCUUCCCUGACGGCUAAACCUUCGCUGAAACUCGGAUCUUACGACGCGACGGGACCCGCUCCGCUUCCUCCGCGCCUCCGUUCGUGUGUGUGAGAUGUUAGCUCGGUCUCGGCCGUCGAGCAGCCUCUGGGCCGCAGCUCGGCACCCCGAGCCCGAAUCUGGGAACUAGCUAGCUAGCCGCCUGCUAGCCGCAGCUGUAGCCGAUGCUGCCGCUGCGGCUGCUGCUGAUCCCGGAGACGAGCCGCUCGCUGCAGGGCCUCGGUGAGCUCCAUUGUUUCCCGGUGCUGGUUUGAGAUGUGAUGUUUUUGUGCGCUGCUGGAGGAGCUAACGUUGCUGCGAAAUGCACCGCAGAACCCCGGCAGCGGGCUCCUGCUGACGGGGGCGAGGUUAGACUGAUCAGCCCGCCCUGAGACUCUCGACACCUGGGCACACAUUUGGACUCCGACCGCCGCAUUCCCCCCCACACGUCCUUCAGCUCUCCUGUCGAUAUGGAUAAACUCACGAUCAUUUCUGGGUGUCUGUUCCUGGCAGCAGAUAUCUUUGCAAUAGCCAGCAUUGCAAACCCGGACUGGAUCAACACCGGUGAAUCAGCAGGUUCCCUCACAGUCGGCCUGGUCCGGCAGUGCCAGACCAUCCACGGACGAGACCGGACUUGCAUCCCGCCUCGGCUGCCUCCAGAGUGGGUCACCACGCUGUUCUUCAUCAUCAUGGGCAUCAUCUCCCUCACGGUCACCUGCGGACUGCUGGUGGCGUCGCACUGGCGCCGAGAAGCCACCAAAUACGCCCGCUGGAUCGCCUUUACCGGCAUGAUCCUGUUCUGCAUGGCGGCACUCAUCUUCCCGAUAGGCUUCUAUAUCAACGAGGUGGGAGGUCAGCCGUACAAGCUGCCCAACAACACGGUGGUGGGCUCGUCCUACGUGCUCUUCGUCCUCUCCAUCUUCUUCACCAUAGUUGGACUGCUGUUUGCAGGGAAGGUUUGCCUCCCGGGCUGAGGACUCCACCGCGCUCGCCUCUGGACUGACUCGGGAGGCUCUGAAAAUUUUAUGGGAUUUACAAAAACACACAAUGACUGAAAAUCAAAAACAACAAACUCUGGCCGGAAGCCCGAAACGUGGGGAAGUGUGUGCUUCAAGGGACCGCAGGACCGUGGAACUUCUAAAAGAUGAACAAGACGCUAAAACGGGACAUGGAGGAGCGGGAGAGGCCACCCUGCCGCCGUUGAUUUAAAACAUGGCCGCCUCUCUGUUGUUUUUCUGUGGGAAAAGGGUGCUUCAUGUGCCGCUGCCAUGGCAACCGCGGCCACAACGCUGGCGCACAUUUGUAGAGGACCGCUGCAGCCACUCCUCGACUCGACUCCCGGCCGCCCGCCUCGUCGCCCUCCUGUCGCUAUUCUGGGCUUCUCUCCGCUAUUUUCAGUUUUGUGUUCUUCUGUUGUUGUACAAUUUGUGUUCUUUUCUUUUCCUCCCACAGCCACCUUUCACUGAAGUGUGUUGUCCCGCCCGGGUGGGGAGGGUUUGGGGGAGGAGAGCAGCUCUGAUCCGGCUCACCGGGGGGGAAGAUGCAGGUGUUCUUCCUCCUCGUCUCCAGGAGCAGGUAGCGGCGAGGGGGAGCCUCCCUGAAGCAGAGAGGAGAAAGCCACUGAGUGUCAGACCGAGCUUAAUGUUAUUUAUAUGGACCAGAAGCAUUAGUGAGCGUAGACGGCUCUCCUGCUCAGCUGAACCCAUCGCGCUGAAUCACAUCCAACAACUAGAAGACUGUGAAUUUAGAAGAAGAAUCAUCUGAACACACAUCUUGUAUUUGUAGUAGUUCUGUUAAGUGCAGCCACGUGCACAGUGGCCCCUUUCAGAGUAUUUUCUGAGAAUGUGGUGUUAUGUUUCCGGGGGGGUUGAGGUGGACCAGCAGACAGUAUUGAGAUUUACCAAAUAGAACAUGAAGUUACGUGCACUACUGUUCAAAAGUUUGGGGUCACUUAGAAAUAUUUUGAGAGAAAAGCAGUUUUUUUUCAGUGAAAAUUACAUUAAGCGAAUCAGAAAUCCAGUCCAGACAUUGUUACUGUGGUAAAUGACUAUUCUAGCUGGAGAUGGUGAUUUUUAAUGGAAUAUCUCCAUAGGGGUACAGAGGAACAUUUCCAGCAACCAUCACUCCUGUGUUCUAAUGCUACAUUGUGUUAGCUAAUGGCUAAUUGAUGAUUAGAAAGCAGUUGUGUUAGCACAUGAGUAAAAGUGUGAGUUUUUCUCUAUGCGAGCCCAAACUUUUGAACGGUAGUGAAAAUAACGCGUGAAUGCUGAAAGUCAGUGGUAUUCUCCUUUAACGUCGGACAGUAAAUCAGAGAGGAGUGAUUUUUUUGUUUGUUUUUUUGUCUUGUUUUGUGCACUGGGACUGCAGGUCAGGUCCAUGCGUGGGGCUGGACCUCAGUGUGCUGCUGGAGAGCUCUGUGACACACACACACACACACACACACACACACACACACACACACACACACACACACACACACACACACACACACACACACACACACACACACACAGAGAGAAACAUACAACCAACGCUGCAUAAAUUGUCACAUUAAAACUGAUGAUUAUUUUCAUUCCCAGUCACACUCUUCAUUAUUUUAGACUUUCACCUCCGUCUUUGGUUGUUUUGGUCUCUUCAUACAGAGAUAAAUCACCGCAGUAAAUAAAACCAACUGGUAAAGCUGUAAAGUUAUGUGUGGAUGGACAAUUUACCAGUUUCCCCUGAACGCCUCACAUGCAGGCUGCGGUACAACGGCCAAUCAGCUGCUCACGGAGAAGCUUCUAGUCUCCCAAAGCAGUGGAAAGAGUAAAAAUAAUGCAUUCUAAUGUAAUCACAAAUUUAGAUUUUUUUCAGUUAAUUUGCCACAAUAUUGACCUUUUAAAUGCACGCCAGUCUGAAAAAAAUCACCUUUUAAGCUUGUCUUAGCUCAUCUAAAUCUGACUUAUUAGAUUCUUUUUGCUGCUGGAUUAGAAGCUUCUCUGUGGACCACUAACUAGCCCGUGUGCUGCCUCCUGCAUGGGAGGUGUUUAGAGACAACAGGUCGAUUCUGGUGUUUUUCCAACAAGCUGAUGUUCUUUAAAUAAGACAUUUUGAGUAUAAUUUUAACUGUAUUUUGCUCUUUUAGGAGAUGCACUGAAUUCAGAUGAAGGAAAAAACAACUUUAAGUCUUAUUUUGAUGCUAAUCUUUGUAUAUUAGCACAAAAUUCAGCACAGCAUGGACUUAAAAGCAGUUUAUCAUUUAUUCUGCAUGCCUUAUUGAAAAAAAAAUCCCCCAAAAUAUGCUGCUCCUCUGACAAGAUUCUGUAAAAAAUAAAAAUGUUAAAAAGCCAAAAACAAAAUGCCAACAGCAGCCAAAAAUUCAGACUACUCAACUAAACUGCAGGCUGUGUAUAUAAAAAGCAAAUAUGGAAAUGGAAUAUAAACAUGCGUAGUACAAUAUCUAUAGUAGGUAGAGCUACAAGCUUUUUUUUCCAUAUUUAUACAUCAAAAUGUUGAUUCCAGUUUUUUUCCCCCAUUUUUGCAGUGUAUUUAAAGACCUUCAACUUUUGCUCUCCUGCUUUUCAGAUUUACGAUAUUUUAGCUGUGUAAAAUACAUUUUUGAGUUUUCUAUAUUUUUAGCCACAAUUUUUUUCCAUUUUUACAGAUUUUUUUAUGUUUCCAUGGGAACACAUAAGCUACUGACACUCUGAAAGUGUGUGUUUGUGUGUGUGUGUGUGUGUCGAGCCGAUCACAGCCGCUCCGUCGCCAAGUCUUAGAGUUUUUCGUGUUUUCCCGCUCGGCUCCUCUGACGAUGCUAACGGCUAACCGGCUAAGCUCCGCGGCGCCCCGUCUCCAAUGGUUUCGUCUCGUGCCAUGACCCGUUUUUGUUUAAUAAUGUACAGACACAAGAGGCAGGAUUUCUGUAUUAGGAAGCACUGUGCAUUCAACAGUAUAGAUAACAGACAUAGAAGCACCACAAAUGUAUAAAAAAGAAAAAAGAGAACUUCUUACCUCAUUGUUUUUUUGUUUCUGCUAUUAUUUUCUAAUGGUGGCAACGUGUGUGCCCUCUAAUUUGUCUCUUGCCUUGAUCGGAUGUCUACACAUAAAGCCUAUGAUCAUAGGAAAUUAUUUAUCACUGAAUAAAAAGAGGAAAAUGGGUGUGUGUGACUCUGA